GUGGUGUGAGAUCGGUAUUGGGGUACUCUGCGAAUAUUAUGAGAAUGUUUCAUUAGAUGCUACACAGGCAUCCUGAAUUUAAUAGUUUUUCCUCUAACAAAGCUAAUUUGUUGCUUUUGGGCCAGAUGGAAAUGAACCUUGCAGAAGUGCUGUCUCCGUUUCCCUGGCCUGGGUAGUUGAGUUCCUCAGGUUGCUUUAUGGUGCAAACAUGAAGAUAGAUCCAAAUAACUUUAUUUUUACACUGUUUCAGUGCGUGUAUGCCAACUCUUGAUGGACUUCCUGCUGGAUGAAAGAACCUCUACGAGCACAGCUGAGAUUAGACUGCCUGCUGUUGCUUUUUACAUAAUGGCUCUGCUUUUUUUCAGCCAUCAACACAGAUGGUUUUUAAUGGAAAAGCUGAGCAGUAGAGACAUCGAGAUCCUAUAGAUCCUGCUGUUUUACAGAUACAAAACCAGAUAGGAGUUUAUAAUUGCAUGUGGAUGUGAGGGCUUUUAAAACGACUGCCUAGCUUAAUGUCUGUAUUUUACUUAUUUGGAUCUGCUAGUGCUUGUUGCAGAAGCUGAAAUGGAACACAUUUUAAGAGCUGAGCAACAACACUGGCUGAGGGGAUGGAACCAAAAAAAAAAAAAAUGAAUCAUGACAUAUGUUGUUACUUGUGUUUCCUAUAGCAUUUAAUUCAGUCUGACAUCUGUAUCCUUUGGAAAUGAUUCUCUCGCUGUGAAGGAGUCUGCUACAGUAGUAACUAUUCUGGAUGAAUCUUUAAAAUGCUUGUCAGGGUUAAAGCACUAGAGGCAAGGUUUGAAGCUAAAGGUCUGGAAUCUACUUGGUUAGGUUAGGCAUAGUGCUGCAAUCUAAUCCACUUUGAUUUCCCGUCUCCCUUCCAUUGCAUUUGUCCUCAGGGGAUGCAGUUGUGAUGCUGGGGACAGAGAAGUGAUUCAUGCUCUGUACUAACUGAAUUUUUGCCUAACAAACUAGCAGAGACAAGGUGUUCAGCUCUUGGAUAAACCAAAUAUUUAACAAAAAAAGAGAGAGUGAGAAUGGAAGAAGGAUGCAUGUGUGUGUAUUGUUUGACAGCUGUCCCCCUGGGAUCCUUGAGAAGACAAGAUGUGCCUCUCAUAAGGCGAUCCCUCACUGAGCAGAAUCAUGGAAUGUAAGAGAGAAGAUGUCUUUUGGUGUAAUCCUUGGAGAACACAGAAUAAGAACAUUGUUGGUUGGAACUGGAGUGAGGAUGAACUGUUGUUCCUGUAGAGGGAGCCUGCUUUGUCACUGUAAGAGCUUAUGUGCUCUGAAUGUGAAUACUGUCAGCAUCAAUAAGGCCAUUAACACACAGGAAGUAGCUGUCAAGGAGAAACACGCCAGAACAUGCAUCCUGGGAACCCACCACGAAAAAGGAGCUCAGACCUUCUGGUCCGUCGUGAACCGGCUGCCCCUCUCCAGCAACGCUGUGCUCUGUUGGAAGUUCUGCCACGUGUUCCACAAGCUCCUCCGCGAUGGACACCCAAAUGUCCUGAAAGACUCUCUGAGGUACAAGAACGAGCUGAACGACAUGAGCAGGAUGUGGAGUCACCUGAGUGAGGGCUACGGGCACCUGUGCAGCAUCUAUCUCAAACUGCUGAGAACCAAAAUGGAGUUCCAUACGAAAAACCCCCGGUUCCCAGGCAAUCUCCAGAUGUCUGACAGGCAGCUUGACGAGGCAGGAGAAAACGACGUUAAUAACUUCUUUCAGCUGACGGUGGAGAUGUUUGACUAUUUGGAGUGUGAGCUGAACCUGUUCCAGAUGGUAUUCAGCUCCUUGGACAUGUCUCGCUCCGUGUCGGUCACUGCUGCUGGCCAGUGCCGCUUGGCCCCACUGAUACAGGUGAUACUGGACUGCAGCCAUCUGUAUGACUACACUGUUAAACUCCUCUUCAAGUUGCACUCCUGCCUCCCCGCUGACACACUACAGGGCCACAGGGACCGUUUCCUGGAGCAGUUCAGAAAGUUGAAAGAUUUGUUCUAUCGCUCCAGCAACCUGCAGUAUUUUAAACGGCUGAUUCAGAUCCCACAGCUCCCAGAGAAUCCUCCCAACUUUCUGCGGGCCUCGGCUCUGUCCGAGCACAUCAGUCCUGUGGUGGUCAUCCCGGCUGAGGCCUCGUCCCCAGACAGCGAGCCCAUCACCGAUCUAGUGGAGAUGGACACAGCAUCACAACAGAGCUUGUUUGACAAUAAGUUUGAUGACAUCUUUGGCAGUUCGUUCAGUAACGAUCCUUUCAACUUCAACAGUCAGAAUGGAAUGAAUAAGGAUGACAAGGACCGGUUGAUCGAGCAGCUGUACCGGGAGAUCAGUUUGCUGAAGGAGGAGCUGGAGAACUUCAAGGCAGAGAGCCAUCGCCUAGGGGUGCAGCUGAGGGGGCGGAUCAGCGAGCUGGAGGCAGAGCUGGCGGAGCAGCAGCACCUCAAACAUCAGGCCCUGGAUGACAGCGAUUUCCUGCGCACCGAGCUGGAGGAGCUGAAGAAGCAGUGGGAGGACACAGAGAAAGCACAGAGGAGCCUGACGGAGAUAGAGAGGAAGGCGCAGGCUAAUGAGCAACGGUACACCAAGCUGAAGGAGAAGUACAGCGAGCUGGUGCAGAACCAUGCUGACCUGUUGCGCAAGAACGCAGAGGUCACCAAGCAGGUAACGGUAGCGAGACAGGCCCAAGGCGAUGUGGAGCGGGAGAAGAAAGAGUUAGAGGACUCCUUCCAGCGCAUGAGCGAGCAGGCCCAGAGGAAGACUCAGGAACAGGCAGAGGUCUUGGAAACCUUGAAGAGAGAGCUCACAGCCAGCAAGCAGGAGCAGCAGGCCCUCCAAAGCACUCUGAAAUCCAGUUUGCAGUCGGAAGCAGAGCGUAGCACCAGGACAGCGGACUUGGAGCAGGAGAGGGACACCUUGGUGGUGGCAGUGGCCCAGCGCAGCCAGGAGGUGACAGCGUUGCAGGCCGAGCUGCAGCAGCUGAAGGACACUCUGGACAGCGAGAAGGAGAGCAGCAGUAAAACGCUGGAGACACUGCAGACCCAGCUGGGAGAGAAGGAGAGCCGUGAGCAGGCCCUUCAGCAGCGGCUCCUGGAUGAGCAGUUUGCCUUGCUGCAGUGUAUGGUGCAGGAGGCAGAGCAGAUAGUGCAGGACUCCCUGAACCGACUCGAUGACCCCACCCACAUCAGCUGCACGAGCUCCGCAGAUUAUCUCCUGUGCAGAACGUUGGCUGCCUCUGACUGCGUAGAGCGGCUUCAGGGUGUGCAUGGCAAAUACCUUUCCAACCGCUCAGAUGUAAGCAGCCUGCUGCCGUGCGUGGCCCUGUUUGCCCACCUCAUCAGCGACACCAUCUUGCAGGGCAGUGCCACCUCCCACAUGGUCCCUAUGGAGCCGGCUGACCUGCUGUCAGAGACGUGUAAGCAGUGUGGGAGCGAGGCCCUGCGCUACCUUGGUGCCCUGAAAGACGAGGCCUCCCUGGGGGGUGCUGACUGCACCACUGUGAGAAACUGCCUGAGCCAAAUCAGCGCCAUUGGAGAGGAGCUUCGGCCCAGAGGCCUGGAUGUUGAGCAGGAGGAGCUGGGGGACCUGGUGGACAAGGAGAUGGCAGCCACGUCAUCUGCUGUCGAGACAGCAGUUGCCAGGAUAGAGGAUAUGCUCAGCAAGUCUCGGGCUGGGGACACCGGGGUCAAGCUGGAGGUCAAUGAGAGGAUUCUGGGCUCUUGCACGGACCUAAUGCAGGCUAUCCAGGUGCUAGUCCUGGCUUCUAAGGACCUCCAGAGGGAGAUAGUGGAGAGCGGAAGGGGCGCAGCGUCCCCCAAGGAGUUCUAUGCCAGGAAUUCCCGCUGGACGGAGGGCCUGAUCUCCGCCUCCAAAGCCGUGGGCUGGGGAGCCACUGUCAUGGUUGACGCCGCUGACCUGGUGGUGCAAGGGAAAGGCAAAUUCGAGGAGCUGAUGGUGUGUUCUCACGAGAUCGCAGCUAGCACUGCCCAGCUGGUGGCUGCCUCUAAGGUGAAAGCAGAUAAGGACAGUGCUAACCUGGCCAGGCUCCGGCAGGCAUCACGAGGAGUCAACCAGGCCACCGCCGGGGUGGUGGCCUCCACCAAGUCAGGGAAAUCUCAGAUUGAGGAGAAAGACAGUAUGGACUUCUCCAGCAUGACACUAACUCAGAUCAAGCGCCAGGAAAUGGACUCUCAGGUGCGAGUGUUGGAGCUGGAAAACCAGCUGCAGAAGGAGCACCAGAAGCUGGGAGAACUCCGCAAGAAGCAUUAUAAGCUAGCAGGCGUGGCGGAGGGCUGGGAUGAGGACGCUGCAGAGUAGCUUCCCAUGCCCGAAUCAGCGGCCGAUGGAUGCCCCUUCAGUUGGCCGGGACCCAGCUUCGUGCAGGUCUUUCUGAAGAUACAAAAUAAACUGGUGCAAAAUCCGACUUGAAGCACAUGUCCUCUGCGUUCCCAAGGACCCUCCUCCAGCGUGCCCAGCCGGGCAGCCACUCCACCCUCGAUUGGGCAAGUAGAAAGUGCAGAGGCCUGAAGUACCAGGAGCAAGGCUCCCGCAGCCACAGGACACAAGACUCUGCCCGAAUGUUUCGUGCAGCUGCUUUGGGGACCGCCUGUGGGUUCUGACUGUAACCCUUGGUUCAUUCUUUGCACAGACUCUGAACCGGUUCUGCCUCGGCGACGUGCCCUGGCGGCAGCAGCUCCGAUCUGGCUUUCUGACCCCACUGCUUCGCCAGCUCCGUCAGUGCAGACGCUGGCCCGGUUCAGAGCCAGUGUCCCACCAGACGGUGCCUGUGUCGCGCUGGGCAGGGUGUGGAAAUGCAACCAAGCCGGUUCUUCUGCUGGUGAGGCUGGACGGGCUCUGGGCUCGGAGCUGGGCAUACAGCCCUCCCCACACCCACACUUCCUCUCCCACUUGCUGUUCUGAGCUGGCCCUGCGCAGCUCAGAGCCCGUGGGGGCAUGCUGCACCCGUGGGGUGGACGAUGAGUGCCUUUCACUGCUGGAAGGGGGCCAGCGUACCACAAUAACACCUCAUCCGCGCGUGUCUUACUGCACUUCAAACGGGGCCAUCCCAGGGCAGCCAGCCUCCAGCGGCGGGGAGAUGCCAAUGGAGCCCCAGCAUGCAGUCCGUGGGAGCCCUGUUCCCUUAAAGCCAUGUGUUAGACAGCCGGUGGGAGAUGGGGUGUGGAGGCGCAAGACCCAGUCGCUCCCCCAGGCUCCUGCAGGAAGAGAGCAGCGCCCAAGCUACCACCCUGCUAGUCCCCGAGCCCUCUGUGACUCAGGCUGACAGCAUGGGAGAGAGUCCACUGAGCUCCUAGCCUGGUCCCAGGAGCUGACCCAUCCCCACCCCAGAGCAGGGAGCGCUGUCCCAGCCUAGUGCCUGGAGCAGAUCACUGUGUUAGUGCCAGCAAUAAAUCACUGUCAAAGGUGCUCCUGCCGCUCCAUCACAGCCUCUUCCUUUGCCAGCGGGGAGAGUUACCCGCGCCGCCCCAGUGGGUAAUACAUGAAGCUGCCCCACGGCUCUGAUCCCCGCCCAGUGGGAAGGGGACACUUGGACCCUGGCUCCAGCCAGCCUGCAAUAGGGCUCUUCAGGGCCCCCAGCUGCCAGUUCUCCUCACUGAUCUGAGCAGCAUGGCUGGUACAGACUGCAGGCAUCUGGUGCUGGACUGACCCUCGGUGCCCUCUGCUUUAGCAAAAUGUAGCCGGGGGCUGCUACGGAGCAGAAAGCUGCUCUGGAAUUUGAACAAGCAUGGUCCCCUUGCUGCCUCUGUGCCCUCCAUGCUGGCACAUGGUUGCGCAUCUUCUGCACACUGUGAGCCCGCGGGGGCAGCCCAUGGCCCAGAGAGCUGCUGUGGGGUUUGCUUGAGAAGUGAGGGAUGGGAGCAUAGCAGUGACCCCUGGGAACACCUCUCUUCCCUUCUAGAUGGGGCAGAGGAGGCUGAAGACGCUUGGUGGCCUGUCUCAUUUCACCCCUUUAGCGGCAGCUAAUCCAAAGGCAACCGGGGUCCUUUCGGCUCCCAGGGAUCUAAGCUCCCCCCGCCCUGGGAGCUCAGCCAGCUGCUCGGAACGUGGCCACCCCAUCAUUUAGAUUCCCCCCCCCUCGUGCUCAGACAGCACCAGCCGGGGAUGGAUGGGGAGCUGGGC